AUGGUGUUCAAUAAUGCUUCUGCGAUGACAGUGUUUCCUUUGUUUUCGAGGUUGCAGGAUUACAACGUCAAUAGGCUUCUAAUCGCAAUUACCUUGAUCUUAGGUACUGGGCUUGCGGUAUUGUUUAGUAGGCCUGGUCGUAAGGAUAAGGAGGGCACAAAAGGGACUGAGCCUCCAGAGGUCAAGUCAAGAAUUCCACUAUUUGGGCAUUUGAUCGGUAUGCUGAAAGGACAAGUUGGCUACUUUCAGACGUUAAGUUCCAAACAUCCUCUUUAUUCGGUCUUCACGCUCAAGAUAUUCGCCGCACGUAUCUACGUUAUCUGCGAACCUUCGCUAAUUCAAGCUGCAUAUCGAAACACGAAAGCGUUUGAUUUUACUACAUUUGUUGUUGAUUCUUCGAAACGUGCGUUCAAUAUUGGCGAGCAUGGAAUGAAAAUAAUUCGCGGGGAAACUUCACCAGAUUAUGAUCCGAAAGGGCCGUUUUUAAACGGGAAUAAUGGGACAUCGUACCUGAACGAGAAUCAUGGAUUGAUGGUAGAAUACUUGGGACCCAGUGGAACUCUGCUAGAAUUGAACAAAGGAAUUCUGGGUGCUGUUGCUGAUAUCCUCAACAAGCUUGAUCAGAACUCUGGAAAAGUAUCCCUCUAUAAAUGGAUGAGAGAUACCCUUACGUUGGCUACUUCUGCGUCUCUUUACGGGCCACACGAUCCCGUGAGUGCUAAUCACAGCCUCAUAGAUUCUCUCUGGGACUUCGAGGAAAACAUGACAAUGCUUAUGCUUGAAUUUCUUCCUAAAUUUAUUUGCCCGAAAGCUUAUCAUGGCCGUAGAGCCAUCAAAACUGCCUUUGCAUCCUACUAUGCUUCAUCAAAUCAUAUGACCGCCAGUACACUUAUCAAAUCACGAUUAGAGUGCUCCCAGAGAUGGGGUCUCACAGCCGAGGAGAUUGCGAACAUCGAAAUCUCUACACUUUUCCUUGCCACAACCAAUUCAGCACCAACAUGUUUUUGGCUACUUGUUAAUGUUCUUUCAGAUCCGGCUUUGAUAUCUUCCAUUCAGACCGAGAUCUCCAACAUCAUAUCGAAGAAUGAAGAUGAAGAUGGAAUAGAAGAAUGUGUCAUGGACAUUACUCUGUUCCAAUCCCGUUGUCCUAUAUUAAUGUCGUGCUUUCGUGAGACGCUUCGUUUCGCUGAUGCAGCAACAUCUGUCCGGUCUGUCACCCAAGAUGUAAUCCUCGCAUCAUCAACCUCUCAAUCUUCGUUUUUGCUUAAAGCUGGAAACGUCAUACAACUCCCUUCCGGCGUCACUCACAAUUCGCCAUCAAUCUGGGGGCCAGAUGUAAAUUCAUUUAAUCCGUUUCGAUUCCUACCAAGUACCAUUGCGAAACUAGACAAAGAACAGAAGAAACAGCAAACACAGGGAUAUUUUCCCUUCGGUGGUGGAAAGCAUUUAUGCCCAGGAAGACAUUUUGCCACAACUGAAAUCCUUUCACUUGUUGCUGCUAUUGUUAUGGGAUUUGAUAUCGACGGUUCAAGUGUGCCGGAUAGAGCAUUUCAAAAGUUGGGGACAGCGGUCAGGAAACCCAAAAAUGAUGUUGAAGUCAGCAUAAAGAGAAGAAAAGGUUGGGAAAAUGUCAAAUGGAAAUUCAAUGUUCAGGGUGAAGUUGAUUUUGAGGCUUUGGUGGGAGAGAAGACUGAUGCCUGA